GAGAGAGAGAGAGUGAGUAUCAUCAUGUCACUUCCUGUUACUUCUGAUCAAAGUGCACUGGGAUCAGAAGGAAACGGUGCAGAGGAACAGACAAGCCAUGUUACUGAUCUUCAUGGCAUCUGUUCUCGCCAGAUCGGCAGCAGACUUCUCCCUCGUCAUCCCCGGUGCUCCGGUCUCAGCACCAUUGGGGUCUUCGGUCAUCCUGCCAUGUGAUCUUUCUCCAGCUUUAAAUGCCAGAACCUUUGAAGUUCACUGGUACAAGAAUUUUCUACAUAAAAACCUGGUUCUGCUCUACAAAGACCAAAAAGUCCAGGAGAACUUUGGAGAAGACCAGUACAGGAACAGAGUGUCUCUGACUGGGGAAAUGGACAAAGGGACGGUCUCUCUGAAACUAGACAACCUCACAUUAGCUGAUGGAGGAGAAUAUUUCUGCUUUGUAACAAGCAUCAGUUGGUAUGAGAAGGGCAGUAUGACCCUGGUGGUAAAAGCACUAGGUUCUACACCCGUCCUCUUACUUCAAGAAGUUGGAGAACAGAUGAACGUUACCUGUACAUCAGGCGGCUGGUCACCCAAACCCAUGCUCACCUGGAGAGACAGUGCAGGACAAGAACUCCCAAACAGCCACACUUACUAUAGAACUGACUCUGAAGGGUUGGUGAGUGUGAGCUCAUGGCUACUUUUCUCUUCAUCUGACUGGAUCUCCUGCACUGUAGGUUUAAAUCAUGAGGAAAUAAGAGAGAGCAGAGUUGUACCAGUCAGAGGAUUCUGGAGGGAAGCAUUCAUCUCGACUCUAGUGCUGUCGUUAAUUAUCCUCACCACCUUCACUGUUCUUCUGAUUUUAUUCAGAAAAGGUUUCCUCCCACACUGUUCGUCUCAUAAAAAUGCAAAAGCGGCAGCAGAUUCUCAUGAAGUCCUACAGACAGAGACGCUUCCACUUAACGCUACAGAGAAGACGGAUCGAGUUAUCAGUUCAUCGUGUGAAUCUACUGAGGGACCUUUUAGCAACAGAUUUGAAGUGACUAAACUCACACUGGAUCCAUCAACAGCUCAUGAAUCUCUGAACGUGUCCAGUGAUUGUAGAAGUGUUUUCUGUAAACACAAGAGCAAAGAUUCUAAGUUUAAAUUUCCUCAUGUUGUGAGUAAAGAGGAGCUGGGAUCAGGGGAGUUCUACUGGGAAGUGAAGAUAUGGGAUAAAGGAUUAUUAAGGCAGAAGUUAUCGUGGUGUUUAGGAGUGACUCAGAAACCCGAGUCAGAGACGAGGAUCAGAGCUUUGUGGUAUGAAGGAGGCGGUAAGGCACGUGCUUAUAAUGGAGAGUUUAAGGAAGUAACUAUCGAUAAGAACAUGACAAAAAUCGGGCUGUUAUUAAACUGUGAAAAGAAAAUUCUGUCUUUUUUCAAUGCAGAUAAAAACUCUAACAAUUUCUUCUGUGCGUUUAACAACCUGCCACAUGGCACAUAUUAUGCACUGUUCAGUCCAGGAGUGAAAGACACAAUUCCUCUAAAACUUCAUCUAAUUAAUUCUAAAAAACAAAGUGCACAACAGUGAGAGGAUUGAUUUCCUGUUCAGCAGCUACAACUUCCUGUUUCCAAAUUAAAUCUAAUCAAACCCGAGUGAUUCUGGCUGGAGCUUCAGAAUAAUUACUGUUUGGUCUGAUAACUUUAUUAUUUUUUAAAGCUGUGUACAUUUUCUUGUUAUGAUGUUUGUGCUUUUUUUGUUUUCUGGUUUAUUAAACUCAGUUUUUCAGAA